AUGUCGCGUCCUGCCAGCGGACUUCAGCUUCUCGCGCUCUUGCUGCUGCUGUGCAGGAGCCGCUCCGCGGUGCAGAACGACGGCACCGAGUCCGGCCACGUGCAGACGCUCCACGACGCUCGAGACGAGCCGGUGUCUGAGGACACCAACCAGUCGAGGAACGGAGGGAGGCGGCGGCCGGCGGACCCUGCGCGUAACGGCCCAGACCAGAGCCAGGUGGGCUGCAGGGAGCUGAGGUCCACCAAGUACAUCUCUGAUGGCCAGUGCACCAGUGUCAACCCCAUCAAGGAGCUGGUGUGUGCUGGGGAGUGUCUGCCUGCCCACCUGCUGCCCAACUGGAUCGGGGGUGGGAGUUACACCGGGAGGUACUGGAGCCGCCGCGACGCCCAGGAGUGGCGUUGCGUCAUUGACCGGACCAGGACUCAGCGGAUCCGGCUCCAGUGCCAGGACGGCAGCGCUAGGACCUACAAGAUCACUGUGGUGACCUCCUGCAAGUGUAAGCGCUACUCCAGACAGCACAACGACUCCGGACACAAAGUCACGCCCGUCCACAGCGGCACACAGAAGAAAAGUCAGAAAAAGGCUGGACUGCCUGAGAAGAGAGCCGAGAGACAGUCUGAAAACUAA